AAAUCACCCUCUUCCAUGUAAUAUUGAUUAACUUCCACUGUUAUUGUAACAUGAAUUCUGGCUCGCUCCACAACUUCUGUUUAGCUUAGCUUAGCAUAAAGAUGGCGGCUGAUCGUUUUUUUCCGUCUGUGUUCGUAUAUUUUCGUAAGUCCCACCCACUGAUUUGCAAUUGGUCUGAAGCGUGAGUGGGUCCCACCCAUAGCCCCCACCUUGGAAAAAUGAGGAAUGAGUGUCUGUAGUCUUUCACACUGAACAGAGAUACAGGAUUUCCGUCUUUCAAUGACUCAAAAUGACGAUUUUUACAUCAUUGAAAGAAGGAAGUGCCUCACUGAAAUCAGUAUUUCUCCCGUUUCAGGAGAAACUGAGGGAAUGAUGCACGACCAUUCAAAAACAUGACUGGGGUUCUAACGGUACAAAGCUUAAUGCAAAUGGGUGAAGUUUCCCUUUAAAGGUGGGAGGGAGAUAGACAUCUGGAUGGGUCCUGAUUUAUUUUAAAUGCAGGAAAACCCUGCUCCAAUAAUCAGAUGAUGUCUGAAUCAUUUCACUUUGACAUGUGUAACUAACUUCUAUUCAAAACCUUGAUCGCUUGAUAUAAAUAAAAUAAAACUGCAUGGAAACGUUUAUUUAAAUUAAUUAAAAAAAGGAAAAUCGCCCAGGUCUACACCAAACAUAGAUUCAGAUUCUGUAAUUAACUCUUUCACCGCCAUUGACGAGAUAUCUCGUCAAUUAAGAGAAAACGCUUCCCCGCCAAUGAUGAGAUUUUCCGUCUUUCCGCAAUACCGCUAUUAUCCACUAGGUGGCGCCCUUCCGCAACUAUUGCCCUAUGGCAAGCUGCUGCAUGUCCGUGUCUGUUUUAAAGAUCGCUCUGAAUGGGAUCUCUAAGUCUGUCACAAAAAUGGAAUUAUCUCUGCUUUUUGCUCAAAAUGUGGUGUUUUUGCAGAAACCUACCCAUAUUCAAAAGAACCACAGAAGGUAGGAUGAAACGUUUUUUUGUUUGUUUGAAAGCAGAGGGUCUGUUCUUUCAUUUGGUAUAUUGUAUGUUUAUAUAUUUAAAGAAGAACAUUUUCUGCAAGGCAUUAAACUUUGGUGAAAAUCAUGAAAAACCCUGGCGCUGGCUGGCAACUUUUUUAAAAAACACUGGCGGUGAAAGAGUUAAUGCUUGAGAAAACAUUCUGAAGUGAAGCAUUAAAAAGUCUGAAACAGAUGGUGAAUGUUUUACUGACAUUAAAUGUUUUAAUGUCUCUUCUUUCAUUUCUAGUUCACACCCAUAGAGUGUAAGUGAUUGAGACCUUCAGUGAAGCUCCUCCUACAACAAUCCACCAAUAAAUGCUGGAGUCAAACACACAGAGAAAUCACUCCAUGUGUGACAACUGAAAUCUUCAUGACAUAAUGUUGAUGCUGGUGAAAGAGGAGCUUGAGAAGAUGACAGAUCCACAACCAUGCAGAAUAAAGGAUGAAGAUACUGAGGAACAAAUGCAUAUGAUGGAAGUGAAAGAGGAGAGUCAGGCUGAAGUAGAUGAGAAACAUCAGAUUGUAAAAAUAAACCAGAAUGUUUCACAGAAAGAAACUCUGAAGACAGAAGACAUAAAGUGUGAAAAUAGUUUCAGAGAAGAUGAACGCCCUGAAGAUCACAAGAGAACUCGCAGUGAGAAGAAACCUUACACUUGUCAACAAUGUGGAAAGAGUUUCAGAACAAAAGAUUACCUUAAAGCACACAUGAGGAUUCACACUGGAGAAAAACGACACGUGUGCCAUCAGUGUGGAAAGAGGUUUAUAAAUGCAGGUGACCUUAAGAAACAUUUGAGGACUCACACUGGAGAGAAACCUUACACAUGUCAUCUGUGUGGAAAGAGUUUCUCUAUUGAAAGUUACCUUAAAAUACAUGCAAGAGUUCACACUGGAGAGAAACCUUACACUUGUCAACAAUGUGGAAAGAGUUUCUCUGUUGAAAGUAACCUUAAGGUACACGCGAGGAUUCACACUGGAGAGAAACCUUACACUUGUCAUCAAUGUGGAAAGAGUUUCUCUGUUGAAAGUACCCUUACGAUACAUGCAAGAAUUCACACUGGAGAGAAACUAUUUGUGUGCCAAGAGUGUGGAAAGAGUUUUAUAACUGCAGCUGAACUUAAGGUACACAUGCGGUCUCACACCGGAGAGAAACCACAUCUGUGCCAUCACUGUGAAAAGAGUUUUAUAACUGCAGGUAAACUUAAGAGACACAUGAUGACUCACACUGGAGAGAAACCUUACACUUGUCCUCAGUGUGGAAAGAGUUUCUCUGCUGAAAGUUACCUUAAAAUACAUGCAAGAAUUCACACUGGAGAGAAACCUUACAGAUGCCAUGAGUGUGAAAAAUGUUUCAGAAGCAAAAGUAACCUGAUAACACACAUGAAAGUUCACAAAGCAGAGAAACCUCACGUGUGUCUUCAGUGUGGAAAGUGUUUCAGUAUGAAGCGUCAUCUUAAGAGACACAUGAUAACUCACAGUGAAAAGAAACCUCACGCAUGUCUUCAGUGUGAAAAGAGUUUCAUAGAUAAACGUGGACUUGAGACUCACAUGAGAAGACACACUGGAGAGAAACCUUACAUAUGCUAUCAGUGUGAAAAAAGUUAUAUAAGUGAAAACAAUCUUAAGAUACACAUGAAAGUUCACACUGAAGGAAAACCAUUCACUUGUCAACACUGUGAAAAGGGUUUUACAAUGAAAGCUCACCUUAAUGCACAUGUGAGAAUUCACACUGGAGAGAAACCAUUCACUUGUCAACACUGUGGAAAGAGUUUUACAGUAAAGGGUGCCCUUAACACACACAUGAGAAUCCACACUCGAUAGAAACCAUUCAUGUGUCAACAGUGUGGAUAUGACAACAAAGCUUAGAAAUCAGCUGGGGUCUUAAUAAAACUGUGCGUAGGAUCCUUACUAAACGUCUACAUGCGCACAAAUUCCCAAGAUGUCUGUACUUGUGUUCUUGUAGACUUGUAAAAUCUGUAGUCGCAGCCCCAAUACUGCUCCAAUUCCAACUUUGCAUCGUGCCAAGUUCAAAUAACAUGCCCAGAUGUGUUCUUGAUCUGCUCAUUUUAUCGAGGAUGCAUCAGGAGGUGACUUGUGUGGACUUAUGAUAGCCAAGUUUCCCAGAAUGCAUUUUGCGUCAGCGGCAAUGAAGCUUAAAACCUUCAAAAUGUUUGAAAUAUUACUCCUUUUUUUUUGUGUCAUAAAAUUUAGCUGUUUAGUCAAGAAUAUGGAUGAAUUAACUUUAAAUGUGUGGUCAGUUAUUAAAUAUUGUGCCUAUAUUAAAAGAUUUGGAUAUUUGAGAUCAAGGUGAUUAUCAGGCAGUCAGCGCUGUGUACACCGCCGAGGGCAGCCUUAUUUUGUCAAGUCCUUCUAAAAUGUGCCACUAGCUCAGUGCAGCGGCUCUGCCCUUCAGUGUCUGAUGAUCAAACAUGAAAUAUUCCCUUUGGAUAUAUCUAACUGGCAUUUUUUAGUCUCAGUUUAUUUCUCUUAAUUAUUCAUAUAAAGUCUGUUAUUUGUUAUUAUCAUUUUAAUUGAUGUACAUUUUCAUAACUUAAAUCACAUAUAUUUUCUAUAGAAUCUUAACAAUGAAUCACUGCCUUUGUACUUGAACUAGAUUUUUUCUUGUGUUAACUUCAU